GGACGCUCAUCCCCGUAUCUGCGGAUGAAUACUUGUUUUCUUAUUCAAAGGCCGACGCCGUAGUAGACCAACAUGGUGAGAUUCUGAUGAUUAUGAUUCUCAGUUGCAAUUGUCCUCUCAAUUUGAUGAAUUCUUUUAGUUUUCAGGUUUUGUGGAUUGGAAUGAUUGGACGAUUAGGGUCAAGAGAGGGGGGAGGUGGGUCUCAUUUCUGAUUGGUUGAUCACCGCUGUGAGCUAGGGCGUGCAUUUUGGGAUUCUAUUUGGUUUUGGGACGAGGUUAGGGUUUUUUUUUUCUUUUUUUUUUUUUUGGAGGAAAAUGGAGACGUCUGGUAGCAAUUCAAGAUACGGAAUCCAUAUCGCUGCUUCCAACUUCAUCCAGGCGCCAUUGGCGGCGCUUUUGGAGUAUUCUGGUAUUUUCAGCACCAGGUCUUCUUCUUCUCAGGAAACCGACGGCUUGAUUGCUCCUUCACCUGCUUCGCUCGAUAGCUUUCAGUCCCGCUCCGACGAUCGCGAUCGCGAUCACGAUCCGUCGUCUCCUGCCUCCACUCCUGAGGAGGUUUCCAUUAGGAUUAUCGGUGCUGGAGAGCAAGAGCGAGAAGCCGUUUCUCUUGACAAUGACCGUUCUUCAUCGGAGCAAAUUUCUGAGGCUCCCGCCGUUUCGGACACUAGCAGGAAUGAAAGUGGGAGUGGUGUAGCGGCUGUUAAUUCUGGCGGGUCAGCUGCCGAUGGGGAGCCUGCCAAUGGGGGCAGUGUUAAUAACAGGGAUUCUUCUUAUCAGAGAUACGAUAUUCAGCAAUUUGCCAGAUGGAUCGAGCAGAUUCUUCCAUUUUCUUUGCUUUUAUUGGUUGUUUUCAUCAGACAACAUUUGCAAGAUAUUUCAGGUUUCUUUGUUACGAUUUGGAUUGCUGCAGUCAUGUUUAAAUCAAAUGAUAUUCUACGAAAGCAGACAGCUCUAAAGGGGGAAAGAAAAUUAUCUGUUCUCACGGGCAUCACUGCAGUGUUUAUGCUUCAUGUUAUCUGUGUUUAUUGGUGGUAUCGGAAUAAUGACCUUCUAUAUCCUCUGGUUUUGCUUCCUCCAAAAGCAAUACCUCCAUUCUGGCAUGCUAUUUUCAUCAUCAUGGUGAAUGAUACAAUGGUGCGUCAAGCAGCAAUGGCUUUAAAGUGCUUACUUUUGAUGUAUUACAAAAAUAGUAGAGGCCGUGAUUAUCGUAAGCAGGGUCAGAUGCUAACUCUUGUUGAGUAUCUAUUGUUGCUGUACCGUGCCUUGUUGCCUACACCAGUCUGGUAUCGGUUCUUUUUGAACAAAGAAUAUGGAAGCCUCUUUUCUUCAUUGACUACAGGGUUGUAUUUAACUUUUAAGCUUACAUCAGUUGUUGAGAAGGUAUGCUUUUCUAUAGAUAUACAAUCCUGUCAAUUUCGACUUUUCAUUGACCAAGACAAAGAAACACACUAGAUAGAUGCACCAUAUGAUUUAGUUAAUUCAUUUGGAGCCAAAACCUUUUUUUUUUUUUUUUAUAGGCAAAUAAGAGUAUAUAUAUUAAUGACUAUAAAAGGGAUGUCAAACUAAAGUGGAAAAUACAGUAUAUUGGAAGUACACAAGUGAAACAAAAAAAUCAGCUAUAGUAGCUACAAAACCAUGUUAAAAAGAAGAGUCCACCCAUUCUAUAAAAUCUAAUAAAGAGGUUGGGCCUUCCUACCUGUCUCCUAAAAGGAACCCUUAGUUAUGAGGGAAUCCUUAAGGGCUUGGAUAGUGUGUUGUUCCCCUUCAAAUGAUUUUGCUCCUUCCAAAUUAUCCAUAAAAGGCAAAAAGGGGCUUUACUCCAAACCUACAAAGCUACUGUGCCAUCCCUCCAACAAAUCCUUAAUAGAAAAAGGAAGAACCUACAAAAUGUCAAAGAAGGAGAAGAGAAAGUGCCAUAACUCUUUAGCUACCCCACAAUGGAUGAGAAGGUGAUCCACCGAUUCAUCCGCAUUGGCAUAAUAGAACUCCAAUUAACAUGAUCACAAGCCUUUUCAAUGUCAAGCUUACAAAUGUCCAACCUUUUCAAUGUCAAACUCCAAUUUUUAUUAUUUUU